GGGUGCGGGCCGGCGGCGCAUGCGCGACGCCCGGGCCCCAAUUCCCCCAGCGAGGGAGGGAGGCCCCCGGCGGCCGGGAGGCUGCGAGCCGCGGCGGGACCCGAGCGCAUACAGGGGCGCUGCGGCGGCGGCGGGGGCGAGCGGGGCUGCGGAAGCGGCCGUCGAGAGCGUGGAGCGCCCCGCUCGUUCGCCCAGACGCGUGCAGGCACCCGAGGGCACCGCCGGCUCGGCUCUGAUAGGGGCCUGGCGCCCGCAGCCCCCCACGCCCGAAGAGGGAUGCGGUGCGCCCUGAGAGCCCGGUAGCGUCGGAUCGCUGCGCUGCAUACCCGAUGAUGGAUGAGCCGUGGUGGGAAGGGCGCGUCGCCUCGGACGUCCACUGCACCCUUCGCGAGAAGGAGCUGAAGCUGCCGGCCUUCCGAGCCCACUCCCCACUCUUGAAGAGCCGCCGGUUCUUUGUUGACAUCCUGAGCCUGCUGAGCGGCCACUGCCAGCUCUGUCCCGCGGCCCGGCACCUGGCCGUCUACCUGCUGGACCACUUCCUCGAUCGCUAUAACAUCACCGCCUCCAAGCAGCUGUACACCGUGGCGGUCUCCUGCCUCCUGCUCGCAAGUAAGUUCGAGGACAGGGAAGACCACGUCCCCAAGCUGGAGCAGAUAAACAGUACGAGGAUCCUGAGCGGCCAGAACUUCACCCUCACCAAGAAGGAGCUGCUCAACACAGAACUGCUGCUCCUGGAGGCCUUCAGCUGGAACCUCUGCCUGCCCACGCCCGCCCAUUUUCUGGACUACUACCUCUCGGCCUCCGUCAGCCAGAAGGACCACCACUGCCACAGCUGGCCCCCCGCCUGCCCCCGCAAGACCAAAGAGUGCCUCAAGGAGUACGCCCACUACUUCCUAGAGGUCACCCUGCAAGAUCAUAUUUUCUACAAAUUCCAGCCUUCUGUGGUUGCUGCAGCCUGCGUUGGGGCCUCCAGGAUUUGCCUUCAGCUUUCUCCCUACUGGACCAGAGACCUACAGAGGAUCUCAAAUUACACCCUGGAACAUCUCAGCACAUGCAUCGAAAUCCUGCUGGUAGCUUAUGACAACGUCUUCAAGGACGCUGUCGCGGUCAAGAGCCAGGCCUUGGCAAUGGUGCCCAGCACAACCCCCGCCCCCACCCAAGUGCUGUUCCAGCCGCCCGCCUACCCCACCCUCAGCCAGCCAGUGGCGCCGGGCCUGGCCCAGUUCCAGACCCCCGUGCAGGACCUCUGCUUGGCCUAUCGAGACUCGCUGCAGGCCCACCGCUCUGGGAGCCUGCUCUCAGCGGGCUCUGGCUCAUCCCUCCACACCCUGUACCCCACCCUCCAGCCCCUGGAUGUGUGCCCCGUGUCCCUCCCCACGCCCCUCAGCAUGCAGAUGGCCAUCACAGCUGAGCCCAGACACUGCCUCACCACCACCUACGGAAGCAGCUACUUCAGCGGAAGCCACGUGUUCCCCACAGGCUGUUUCGACAGAUAGGGCACCUUCGGGCCACAGAGGGAGGCCUUGGAAACGCACCUGGGCAGAGGAAGAGGACACAGAUGAGGGGAGCUCAGCCGAGUGAGGCAGUGGGGAGGCCGUCCCCACAGGGCCUCGCUGACUUUGAACACAGAGGGUUCAUGUUCUUUUUAAACAAAGCCGACCCAGAGCAAAGUGGUCAAUGACAUCCCUCCCCCGAGAGAAUUCCUCUGGAAAACGUCUUCCACAUGUGCAGCUGGGGUGCAGGGGGACGGCUCGGCCACCAUCCUCCGGAGGAGGAACCCGGUGGAUUGAGAAAGACCUGGUGAGAGGCCAGGAGACUGGACACAGGAUGCAGGCCGCCAGUCCGUGAGCACGUCUGGCGUCUAGCAUCAAAGACUUCUUUAUUCCUUGCCAGUGGCAGCUACACUGAACAAGAAGGGACUGCCUGAUGUCUUCUCAGGACCCCAGCAGAGGCCGGCUUGGGUGCUCCUUCCCUGGCUCCAUACGGAGGAGCCUGCGUGUGUUUAAGCCUGGGCGUCGCCUUCCGAGGCACGGUGGGUGGCUGUCAUGCCUUUGUUGUCCAACCUAAAACCUUAUUUGGCCUUUUAGAUAUUUCACAUGCUGCUGCUUCCCGAAGUGACCUAGCUUUCUGUUCAGUAACAUAUCUUGUUUACAUACUGUAUCAGGGAUUUUGUGAUACUUGAAAAUUCCUUAGGAGAAAAAAAAGGUUGAUUGCCAUCCCACGCAAGGGCUGUAGGUUCUAACCCAGCUUGUAACAGCAGAGCUCCGUUUUCAAAAGCGUAUGGUUGGGGAGAGCCACUUUCCAGGCUCUCGGUUCCAGACGAUUCCGCGUCUUAGAUGCUGUGUUCACCUGUAGAACUUCAGCAACCACCCAGAGGAAAAGGUGGUUGAAGGGUAGACAAAGGUUUACAACUAACAACCCCCACCUCCCUCCACCAUGGGCUUAUGGUGCGCGAGGUUAAACCCAGCCUUGGCUUUGAGUUUGGCUCACAGGGAAGGCUGAACAUGCGGAAUAUUGGCUUCAUGCCAGCUGGAUUUGGGGAGCGGGGCACGUACAUGGGUAUAUGUCACAACCACUGACAGGCAAGCGAUGGGUUAGAUCGAAAGCCAGUAUUUGGGUCCCCGCAGCGAAUGGGCUCUCAGGAAGACUCUUGUAACCAUGUGCAAUAUGUUUUUAUUCUGACUCGUGGCUUGUGCUCAUUUUUUUUUUUUUUUUUUUUUUUUUGGUUCGGGGUCAGGGGGACACAUUGUUCAUCCAUCAGAACUGGGAGGUGCAAAGAACCACAGAAGCAUUUUUUGUUUGUUUGUUUUAAAAAGAACCCAUCUUGGUUUUCUUGGUUUAUGUGCCAGUCCAGGAGACUGGCUCGGGGACUGGCAGGGAGGUGGCUAUGUGCUGCUCAGUUGGAUCCGAAGGUGAUUUUCAGAGUGAAUGGAAGCUUCGGCAUAGAAGCCGAAGAGGAGGUGACGGAGAUAAGGUGCUGCUGCCACUUUGUCCCACGAGUGUGGAAAAACUACAUGUUUGUUUGUUGCUUUUCUCUUUUUCCUUUGCCAACCUCCUUCUAUUUAUGUGAGACUGGUUUGGAUUCCAAGUUAAUGUGUCUGUUCUGGGACUGGGGCUUGUGAGGGGCCCCCCAGUAGAACCUCACAGCCAGCCCAGCACCCAGAAAAAGGCAUCCUGCAAUAAACAUAACAUAUCACCUG